AUGCAGAUGCUCACAAAGGUCAGCCAUGAGAGCAUUUGUCCAUGAGAACUCGUCCUAAGCCUAUCUCUGCUCGGUGCGACAGUUCGAGUCCAAGUCCAACCGGGUCAAGGGCAUCGCGUUCCACCCCCGGCUCACGCUCUUGGCCGCCUCCCUCCAUUCGGGCUCGAUCCAGCUAUGGAACUUCCAGAUGGGCGUGCUUGUAGACAGGUUCGAGGAGCAUGACGGUCAGUGCUCCUUUCAUACACUUGACUCCGACGAGCGAUCCGGCGCUCGGAGCUCGCGAGCGUGACCGCGCCUUCCAACACGCGUGUCCUUCCUGGGGGGGCCACGCCUCCUCAGCCAAACCAUCCACAUAUCUCGAACCACGACGAGAUGAAUGAACCUUUGGAACACUAGUCCUUGUUCGUUCCAAGUCGAACGGAGAGCUGACCUGCUCGACCUUGCACUUUUGUCUACCCGUCGCCCCCGUCUCGCGCGUUCUCUGGCUCGUUCCCUGGCGCGUUCCCUGGCUCGUUCCCUGGCUCGUUCCCCCCUCCCACCCCCCGCCAUACACCUCACCUCCAACAGGACCAGUACGAGGCAUCUCGUUCCAUUCGACCCAGCCGCUGUUCUGCUCGGGAGGUGACGACUACAAAAUCAAGGUCUGGAAGUAAGUCGGCCUGUAUCGGAUCGCACUGCCGGCGCCGCUUCCGCCUGGCUGAUCCCCUCCUUACGCGUCGCCUACAGCUACAAGACCCGUCGGUGUCUCUUUACCCUGCACGGCCACUUGGACUAUGUUCGGUCCGUCUACUUCCACCACGAACACCCGUGGAUCCUCUCGGCCUCGGACGAUCAGACGAUUCGCAUCUGGAACUGGCAAUCGCGUCAAUGCAUCGCCAUCUUGACCGGCCACAAUCACUACAUCAUGUGAGCGCUCGGCACUCUUCCGGGCCAAAAGUACCACUCGCAAACCACUGACUCUAUCCUCUUUGGCACGUUACCUCCAGGUGCGCUCAAUUCCACCCCAAGGAGGAUUAUGUCGUCUCGGCGUCGAUGGAUCAAACUGUUCGAGUCUGGGAUAUCUCGGGUAGGUGCUUCUCCGGCGCUGGGUAAUGCGAUCAAGCUCAUGGAACUGAGCCACGUCUGCGCGAGCUGCAGGUCUGCGCAAGAAGAAUACGACCGCACAGCCUCUUUCGUUCGAGGAACAGAUUCAGCGCGCCAACUCGGGCCAGGCCGACUUAUUCGGCAACACCGAUGCCGUCGUCAAGUACGUGCUCGAAGGCCACGAUCGAGGUGUCAACUGGGCCACCUUUCACCCGACAAUGCCCCUCAUCGUUUCGUGCGGUGACGAUCGCCAGAUCAAGCUGUGGCGAAUGAGCGAUACCAAAGCGUGGGAGGUCGAUACGUGCCGUGGUCACUUCAACAACGUCUCGGUCGCGCUCUUUCACCCCAAGCACGAGCUCAUCAUCUCCGACUCGGAAGACAAGACCAUCCGCGUUUGGGACUUAAGCAAGCGCACGGCGGUGCAGACCUUCCGUCGCGAGAACGAUCGCUUCUGGGUCCUGACGGCCCACCCCGAGUUGAAUCUGUUCGCCGCCGGUCACGACUCGGGUUUGAUCGUCUUCAAGCUCGACCGCGAGCGACCGGCGUUCAGCGUGCACGGCAACACCUUGUUCUACGUCCGCGACAAGUUCGUGCGCGCACAUGACCUCACCACCGGGUCCGAUGCCAGUGUCAUCAGCGUUCGACGCCUCGGCAGUCAGUUCGUGCAACCGCGCACGCUGAGCUACAACCCCGCCGAGCGAGCGGUGAUCGUCACCAGUCCUGCCGACAACGGGCUCUACGAGCUCGUGCACUUGCCCAAGGAUGUGGGGUCGGGUGAAGUGCGCGAUUCAGCUUCCGAAGGUCGCCGAGGUACGGGCUCGUCGGCCUUGUUCGUAGCUCGCAAUCGCCUCGCCGUGCUCGACAAGACGGCGCAGACGAUCGAGAUCCGCGACCUCGAGAACUCGAUCACAAAGACGAUCAAGUGCCCCGUGCAAACGAACGACAUCUUCUUUGGAGGAACGGCCUCGUUGUUGCUCUCGUGCCCCGCCAGCGUCGUCCUGUUCGACAUCCAACAGCAAAAGAUCAUCGCCGAGCUCGCGACGCCUCUCGUCAAGUACGCCGUGUGGUCCAACGACAACUCGAUGGUCGCACUCCUGUCCAAGCACACGAUCAUGAUCGCCAACAAGACGCUAGGCCAGUCGGCGAUGGUCCACGAGACGAUCCGCAUCAAGUCCGGUGCCUGGGACGAUUCGGGCAUCUUCAUUUACUCGACCUUGAACCACAUCAAAUACGCCCUUCCGCAAGGUGACAACGGCAUCAUCAAGACCUUGGAACAACCUGUCUACUUGACGCGCGUCAAGGGCAAGGUCGUGCACUGCCUUGACCGGAACGCCAAGCCGAGGGCGAUCGCGAUCGACCCGACCGAGUACCGCUUCAAGCUCGCGCUGAUGAGGAAGAACUACGACGAGGUGCUGCACAUCAUCCGCACGUCGAACCUCGUCGGGCAGAGCAUCAUCGCGUACCUGCAGAAGAAGGGCUUCCCCGAGAUCGCAUUGCACUUUGUGCAGGACAAGACGACACGGGUCGACUUGGCGAUCGAAUGCGGCAACCUUGACGUCGCGCUCGAGAUGGCCAAGGCCCUCGAACGGGAGGAGAUUUGGGCCAGGUUGGGCCAACAGGCACUCAAGCAAGGUCAUCACAAGGUAUGUUGUCGUGGGCUUGCAAGCUGA